AUGAAUGAUGCUAAGUGCCAGUCUCUGUUUUUCACCACUUUGCCUGAGCUGCGAAAACUCUGUGCCAUGAAAAUUACAUUGAGUUCUCAAUUGGCAGAAAAUGAAAUUAGAACAGUACAAAGGAAGAUGUGCAGGCGACUCUUGCUUCUGCAUCAAGAUGUCUUUUGUUCACCUGUCCCUGGAACAUCGCAUCAAAUUUUAGUAGUUAUGACGAUACUCUGUUACAAAUCAGGAAAGUGUCAAGCUUAUGUAGAGAAACAUGGAGCUACAAUAGAGACACCAGAGAGAGUUACCCCCGCUGUCUUUCAGACCUGCCUCUCCUAUAUACUUACAGUCAAGCUUGCUCCCCGAUGGAACCAGGCUGGUCAUCUGUUGAUCCAAGGGAAAGAUUUUCUAUCACAACGGGGAAAGCAAAAUGCAGUUGUUAUGGACAUCAAUGUAUCUGAGACUCAGAUCUGCUUCAGUGUUGAGGUUUGCACAGUUCGUCUACCACCACCUGAGCUGGAAGAUUUUGAUAUUUCAGCAAAUAUCUUAAAGAGAUUUGACAGUGAUAAGAACGUAGUCAUCCCAAGACAUUCUAUUUUAAGUAACUGGUGCUAUGUUUUGCCAAGCAUGAAAAUGGGUCAGAUUAUAAGUAUUAGCCAUGUAAUUCCACCUGAGUCUCCGUUUCAAUCAUACAGCAAUUUGCAGCUACACUGGGAAAAUCUGUAUGGCUAUAUUCUCCCCAAGGAUACCUCAGCAUACUGCAACAUUUAUUUCAAAAUGAUAGGGGAGCAACUCUUUACAUAUCUUUUAUAUCCUUUAAUGUGCAUCAGAAGUCAGCCUGUGCAGUAUUUUCCUAGAAUAGAUUUAGAAGGGGCUUUAAAUGCUUUUCUUGCUGAUCUGAAGACUAUACUUCCUCAUGUGUGUGGCUUUCCCCUUAAGAUGACAAACAAAGCAUUAUAUGCCACCCAAGAUCUUACACGGUCAUCUGUACAGAAAGUAAACUCUAAACCAGCCAAUCUCACUGGAAAAAGGAAUUGCAAGGUGGCUUUGAUUCAAGAAAUUCCCAAAAAAAGUGUGCUUGGUUCUGAAGCAUCUACUACAAAAACUAGCCACAAGAUGGAGCUUAAAGUCAACCAGCUGAAAACCGGCAUUUUCUCUCAUCUCCAUUUAUCAGCAGAAGAUGGGAAUACAGCAGUAAGGAGAAGAAAACCCCACAGUAGAAAAGAGUGGAAAACUUCAGAUGAACCUGCACAGCCACUUCACUCAACUGAAUCUUUUCAAAUGUUAAAGCAUUUAUUUGCAGAUUCUCUAAAAAAAGAUCCCGCCAGAAUAAUUCCAAUUUUCAAAGGAAAGCUGUUGCAGAUAGAUAGGCAAACCACAAAAGCCUCCCCUGGAAAGAAGAAACAGACCAUUCCACAAUAUUCUCCAAAAGUAAUGAAAACUAACACAGCUGCUAAAUUGGCUGUAUUCAAGCCUAGUGCAGAUCAAGUUAACAGACCAUUAUCUAAUUCGUCAUUUAAAAAAAUUACAAACAGAAGUGUUCUUCAGGCACAGAUUGGGCAAGCAAAUAUAAAAUGUGCAGUAAAAGAGAAAAAUGAGCGUGACAGGCAGUUGUCCAAUUGGGCUUCAGCUAAUGGAGCAAGUUUAGAGAGGAAUUCAAGUGAAAUCAAAUCCAGAAGGUUGAACUCUUUGCCAUCCACUAUUGACAGAUCAAUGCAUCACACAUCGGUUACCCAACAACAUUUGCACAAAUCUGCAAAUCUCAGCUCCGGUAGCAAAGGGGGUAAAAAAACUGCAAGUCAGAGUAAUCCAAGUACCGGAUCAAAGAAAACAUUUCUCGGCAUAUCUGGCUCACAUGUGGAAGUGACAAAUUCCAAAAUAUUUCAAAAACGAAGUCCAGCUGAAGAAAAAACAAAUGCAUACAGAUCAAGCAAUUCAGUGUACAGUAAGGCCACAAGAGGAGGAGCUCAAAAAGAAUCAUUAGGACCAUCACAUCAAGAUACCAUCAACAUACUCAGUCAUCAAUUGCCAUUUAACAACCUGCAGAAAGAAGGAGAAAGUUAUUUAAAGCCCAAGAAACCAAGAACCAGUAAACCUGCAAUCUUAUAA